AUGACUUUCAUCAGUAACAUUUCAUUGGAUCCCAGCCUCUACGGGUUGGACCCCGCUGCACUUGAGUUCUUCCAGCAGCAAACAGGCAUCACCGAAGAAGAUGACCUGAAGCACCACAUCCUUGCUGUUCAAGCAAAGGCUUUCGCGGUGAGUGAUGAAUUCUAUCGACAUAUGUUGAAUUUUAUGCGACUUGUAAUUUCGAGACACCCGAAGUACCAAAGGGUGCUUCAGCUAGGUCGUGAUUGCGGAAGCCCACUGCUCUUGGACCUUGGAUGUUGCUUUGGUAAUGAUGCACGCAAGGCAGUCGCAGAUGGCUGGCCAAUCGCUGGCAUGAUCUCUACCGAUCUCAGGCAAGAACUUUGGGACCUCGGGCAUGUACUUUUCCGGUCUACGCCGACAUCUUUCCCCUUGCAUUUCAUUGCGGGUGACUGUCUUGAUCCAGCUUUCUUAUCAUCCGAGUCUGGGCCUACGUCACGGUCACCGCCUGACUUGUCCUCGCUCGCCUCACUGAAUGACUUGUAUGGCAAACUCACUGCCAUUCAUGCAUCAUCCAUAUUUCACUUAUUUUCUGCAGAGCAACAGGCAUCGCUCGUCCGUGCUGUAGCUGCUUUACUGUCUCCUGUGCCAGGGAGCAUUGUAUUUGGAUCUCAUGUCGGACUUCCGAAGCAGGGUACCAUACGGGAGGAAACACUUGGUAUGACAGUGGAGAUGUAUUGCUACGAUCCUGAGAGCUGGAAUAAGCUUUGGGAAGAUGCAGGUCCCUUCAAGACGGAGGCCGUCCUGAAAGAGGUGAUAGCUCCAAACGGUGAGAUCGGAUGGAGGAUGGUCUGGAGUGUGACGGUGGACACGAAAUCCACUGUAUGA